GCUGGUGGGUAUUGGCUGCGCCGCCCCGUUCGCACCCGCCGCAGCCAGGGGGAGGCGCAGACCCGCCCGCGCUGUUUACCCGGGCCCGGCCGAAGGGAGCGCGAGUGCGCCAUGGCUGUUGCGGCUGUUGCGAGCCUUUCCGGGCAGCAUCCGCAGUGAAGACCCGCCGCCGCCCCGACCGGCCUGGCUUUGCCUCCCCCCGCCUCGCCUCGCUCGCGGUGCCUCGCCUCUCUCUUUCCCCCGGCUCGGCUGCGCGGCGCUGCCCUGCGCCUGGAGAAGAUGGCGGAUCGGGCGGAAAUGUUUUCGCUCUCCACCUUCCACUCGCUCUCGCCGCCCAGCUGCAGACCCUCCCAGGACAUCAGCCUGGAGGAAUUUGACGAUGAGGACUUGUCCGAGAUCACGGACGACUGCGGCAUCGGCCUGAACUACGACUCGGACCCCAAUGAAAAGGACUGCCUGGUGCUGGGGAGGGGCGAGCAGCCCCACCCAACCUGCACCUUCCAGGAGGAUUUCCAGGAGUUUGAGAUGAUUGACGACAAUGAGGAGGAGGAGGAAGAGGAGGGGCCGGAGGAGGCACCCCCCUCCCCUUCGGGAUCCCUGAUACCUUCACCCACCCUCGAGGACACCCAGAAGCUUCGUCCCACCACCCUCAACCUGACCGUCACAAGCACCCAGGACUCCCUGAACAACAACAGUGGCUGCAACGUGGCUCCCCCCCUGCAGCGGGCCACUUGGCAAGAGGCUCUGCUGCACUCCUCCUCCUCCUGCUCCUCCUCCUCUUCCUCAGCCUCCCAUGCAGAGCGAUCGUCUCCCCUGCACCCCUGUCUCCAGGAUGCACCCUGCAGGGACACCCAGAGCAGCAAAGGGCCGAGUCUGCCCCAGGCCCCUUGCAAGCCCCCACUUUUUGAUGCAGAAGGCAACAGCCAGGGGCUGCAGAGAGGCCUCCCUGGGCUGCCUGCCGGAGAGGAUUAUAACAUGAACGUUGUCUCCUGUGGCUCUGGCCCACGACCUCCUUCCCCAUUGCCCGGCGUAGUGCCCGUGAAGCAGCCUGUUGACGCUCGGAGCAGCUCAGUGUCCCAGCCCCACAGUACCAGCCCUCACAGGUCACCUGCCGCGGAGAGCUACUGUGCCCGAUUUCAGAGAGAUGCGGCGAUGUGCCAGGAGAGAGCAGAGGGAGCUGGCCUGGCUGGGGACCCAGCAGGGCACAGAUCCCCAGGCUCCCCCCUGGGUGGGGUCUGUGCCCCACUCUCUCAGGACAAGCCUGCCAAGCGCUCCGGGGAUGGUGUACCCAGGGAGCGGUGUUCCUCAGGGUCCCAUGCGUGCCCAGCACAAGCAGCAGCAGCCCCACUGAGCUCCGAAGGAGAGGGCCCCCAAGGGCACCAUUUGCGAGGGCUGCCGUCUGCCUCAUCUGAUACCACGUCUCCCUCGUCAGACCCUGGCAUAGAGGCAGAUCUCACCAGCCGGACCUCCAAGGCCUUUCCCCCGUGCAUCCAGCACAGCGAGGACCUCAGCUCCCCUGGCUCUGACUCUGAUGUGGAAGGGGAAAUUGAGGCAGCGUUUGCUUGCGGUGGGAGCCGCCUGGCUAGCAAUAUGAUCUCCAGCAUCUCAGAGACGGAGCUGGACCUGAGCAGCGAGAGCAGCAGCGGCCGGUCCUCCCACCUCACGAAUUCCAUUGAGGAAGCCAGCUCCCCAGGGUCCGAGGCCGACCUGGAGGCCGACCUGGAUGUCCCUGGUGUGAUGGGCCUGAAGGAUGCCCUCCUGCUGGAUGCAAAGAAGGAAGAGGAGGGCACACAGCUGCUGCCUGCGGUGGAGAGCCUGGCCCCACUCAAGAUAGAAGAGUUCUAUGAAGACCCCUCGGCUCCCAUCGACCAGACAGACAUGCCACCUUCAGAUCACCUGGAGCUCGAGAUCAAUCCUGACCACAGUCUGGAAAGCCUGCGGCGCUCCUUCUACUUGCCGGUGGGACGUAAGCUGAUGCCCGAAGGGGAGGAUGAGGAAGAUGAGGGGAACAGCGAGUAUGACUCUGAGUCAGACUCCGAGUCGGAGCCAGAUCUGAGUGAGGAUUCGGAUUCCCCUUGGCUCCUCAGCAACCUGGUGAACAAAAUGAUCUCUGAGGGCUCCUAUCCCAUCAAAUGUGCAGACGAAUGCUUCCCGGCAACUCAUUCCCUCUCCGAUACAAUUUCCCCGGCCUCCGACCUGGAGCCGGAGAUGCCCAGUGAGGCCCUGAAUGACGCCCAGCCGUGCUCGCGGCAAAGUAUUGAGCUGGUGGACAUGGAGACGCUUCGCUGCUCACUGCAGGGGGCUGAGGAGGAGAAGCCCCUGGAGGCCCAGCCCGCGGUCGAGAAGGCGCCUCAGGCAGGGGACACGGGGCCCUUCCUCUUCAUGAGCAACUCCACCAAGGACGUUAUCACGCCCAUCUUCCCGGGGCGGCCCUACUCCGGCUGCUGCAUCAAUGCUGCUGCCCCCAAAGCCCCCCCACCCAGGGAACCUCCCAGCAAGGCUGACCCAGCUACGGAGGAGGACUGUGCGAUCGAUGGCGACCUGGACUCGGGCAUCUUGGAGGACAACGACAUGAUCGAUGAUAUACGGUUAGAGCUCAAGGAGGGCCUGGAUGUCUCCACUGCCAAGACCAACCGCUGCUUCAGCUUGUCCUACUCUCCUGAGGAGGACAACGUGCCCAGCUUGGGCAGUCUGAAAGGUUGCCCCUACCCAGACGAGCUGGCGCUUCCCCCACCCACAGUGACGCUGGAUGACUCCCUAGCCUACGACUCGGUCAAGUACACCCUGGUUGUGGAUGAGAACACCCAGCUGGAGUUAGUGAGCCUCAAGCGCUGUACAUCGGUGCUGAGCGAUGACAGCGAGCUGCUCCGUGCCUGUGACGCCACCGACCCGGAGGAUGCCGCGAGUGACUUUGGGGAAGGGCUGGUGGCUCCAGAUGGGCACAGCUCUUCCUCGGAGGACUCCUCUCCAGAGGCCGACCUCCAUUUCUCCAAGAAGUUCCUCAAUGUCUUUGUCAACAGCACCUCCCGUUCCUCCAGCACAGAAUCCUUUGGUCUGUUCUCUUGCAUGGUGAACGGGGAGGAGCGUGAGCAGACUCAUCGAGCUGUCUUCAGGUUCAUCCCUCGCCAUGAAGAUGAGCUGGAGCUUGACGUGGACGACCCGAUCCUGGUAGAGCUGGAGGAGGAUGACUACUGGUACCGGGGCUACAACAUGCGCACAGGGGAGCGUGGCAUCUUCCCCGCCUUCUAUGCCCAUGAGGUGGUGAGCCAGGCCAGGGAAGUGGCAGGCCUGAAGCGGAACCCCUGCUGGGUCGAGCACUUCAGCGUGCAGUUCCUGGGCUCGGUGGAGGUGCCGUACCAUCAAGGCAACGGCAUCUUGUGCGCAGCCAUGCAGAAGAUUGCUACCACGCGGAAGUUGACGGUCCACCUGAGGCCCCCGGCCACUUGUGACCUGGAAAUCAGCCUGCAGGGCAUCAAGCUCAUUCUGACCGUCAAUGAGUACAGUCAGGACGAAGAGUUUGAGCGCUGCAGCCAUUUCUUCCAGAUGAAGAACGUUUCUUUCUGUGGCUGCCACCCACGCAACAGCUGCUAUUUUGGGUUUAUCACCAAGCACCCCAUGCUGAGUCGCUUUGCCUGCCACGUCUUUGUUUCACAGGAGUCCAUGCGGCCGGUGGCCGAAUGCGUUGGCCGCGCCUUUCAGGAAUAUUACCAAGAGCACCUUGAAUUCGCUUGCCCCACAGAAGAUAUUUACCUGGAGUAGGAUGUGAGACAGAGGGAAGGCCCCCGUUUUCCAUGCCCCUCCAGAGAGUCGGGCCCAGGAGCCUGAGCUUUGCCAGGCUGCCGAGCCCAGGAC